CCAUCACCUGUCCAGCCAACAGUCACUACGAGCCCUGUGCUGCAGCCUGCCCUGCAACCUGUGUUGACCCAUUAGCACCCUAUAAGUGCAGCCUGCCGUGCGUGGAGGGUUGUGUGUGCGACAGCGGGUACCUGCUCUACAACGACCGAUGUGUGCCCAGCCAGCAGUGUGGGUGCUGGCACAAUGGGCAGCACUACCCGGUGGGCUCGGAGUUCUGGACGGACAACACCUGCUCCACAAAGUGCACGUGUCCCGCACGGGGAGGCAAAGUCCAGUGCUCCAGCGCCUCAUGCCCUGCAGGCCAGUACUGUGGUGUGCAGAACGGGAAACCCGAGUGCCUCGAACACUCCUACGGCAUCUGCAACGUACACAACGAUCCUCACUAUGUUACCUUUGACAAGGUGACACACAGCUUCAUGGGGAACUGCACCUACACCCUGGCCAAAGUGUGCUCCAACAGCUCCUUGCCCUACUUCAAUGUUGAGGCAAAGAACGAGCACCGUGGCAACCCCCGAGUGUCCUACGUGCGUGAAGUCCUGGUGGAGGUGUACGGAGAGCGCAUUGCAAUAGUCAAGCAGGAGAGGAGCCAAGUGCUGGUGAACGAUGUGCGCCGCACCUUGCCAGUGAGUGCAGCAGGAGGUGCCAUCAGAGUGAGCACAAGCGGCCGCUACAUCGUCCUGGAGACGGACUUCAACCUCAGAGUGUCCUACGACGCCGACCACUCGGUGGAGGUGAGGGUGCCCACCACCUACUCCAACCUGACCUGCGGCAUGUGCGGGAACUUCAACAGCCGGCGAGAGGACGAUUACAUGAUGCCCGACGGGCAGCAAGCCGCGGACUCCAAUGCACUGGGGGAGAGCUGGAAGGUGCCGGACGGUGACCCCUCUUGCGGUGUGCCCUUACCCCCGGAACCCUGCAGUGCAGAAGAGGAGAAGCUCUACCAAUCGGAGCAGUUCUGUGGCAUGCUGACUGCCAGACCAGGCUCUUUUGAGAGCUGCCAUGCCGUGAUCAACCCCCAGAGCUACUUUGAGACCUGCUCCUACGACCUUUGUGCCCUGAGUGGCAGCCAGGAGGUCCUGUGUGGUGCCCUGGAGGCCUACGCUGACGCGUGCCAGGCAGCCGGCGUGACUCUUCUCCCCUGGAGGAAUGCCACCUUCUGCCGGACCUGUGUGGUGGAAGGAGACCCUCACUACCACACCUUUGACAAGCAAAUACACCACUUCAUGGGCACCUGCACCUACACCCUGUCCAAGCUGUGUGAGAGCAACAGCUCGCUGCCCUACUUCAACGUGGAAGCGGCCAAUGAGCACAGGGGAGGCAACACUCGCGUGUCCUACGUCCAGUACGUGGACGUCGAUGUGUAUGGCCAGCGCAUAAGGCUGGGGAAGGGCGGCGUGGUGACGGUCAACGGAGUGGCAGAGGUGCUGCCCUGCACCCCAUCGGCAGGCGUGCAGGUCUCGUCCAGCGGGUUCUACACUGUGGUCACAACAGACUUUGGCUUGAGAGUGAAGUUUGAUGGGAACCACCUGGUGGAGGUGACGCUUCCGAGCACCUUUGAGCAGAAGGUUUGUGGCAUGUGUGGGAACUACAACGGGAUGGCAGCAGACGACUUCCUGAACCCGGAGGGGGUGCUGGAGCCAGACUCCACCAGCCUGGGUAACAGCUGGCAGGUGUCCAACGACAGCAGCUGCUCAGCCGGACAGCCCGCCCCGCCAGCCUGUAGUGAGGCCGACAAGCAAGUCAUUGCCAGCAGCCGCUUCUGCGGACUCCUCACUGACAGCAGCAGCCCGUUCCAGGUGUGCCACGCUGUGCUGAGUCCCAGCGGUUACUUCGACACCUGCCUUUACGACCUGUGUGAGCUGGGGCUGGAAGGCGAGGCCCUGUGCAACAGCUUGCAGGCCUAUGCGGAUGCCUGCCAGGCGCUUGGU